AGCAGAUCAUGCGAUCUGAAGAGUAAAUGAGCAAAAAUUCGACAGACGGGUUCUAUCUACACGAGAUAUUAGCUUGUUGAACACGUGGCCUGUGGCGACUAACAUGAUUGGUGGCCGCCACACACAACUUCUAUUGGCAGCCAGUAACGGCUGACAUGGCUGAGUUAGUGACCGGUGAGCCGCCACAAGCUGGUCACAUGGCAACUGGCGGCCACUAUUGGACGGCUCCCGAGCGCAGUUGCCGCCAGUACGGUCAUACCAGCCGAGGUGCGUGGUGUAGAGCUGUUGUUUUUGUGGAUGUAACAUUUGAUUUUAGCGGUGCUGUUGUGUCGGGAAUAGACAUGUCUUACUCGAAUGAAGCCAAUAUCAAGAAAAACAUUAAGUGGGGACCAAAUAAUAUUAGAGUAUUUUUAGAAAUAUUCCAAAACUAUGAACUACUUUGGAAUAUACGUCACGAACAUUACUCCAACAAAGCAAAACGUGAAAGUUGUAUGUUAAAGCUGAGAGACGACCUCCUAUGGCAGGGUUUACUGGUGCCAGACAUUGCAUUUUUGAGGGCAAGAAUAAAGGCUAUUAAAGCAACGUACAGGUGUGAAGUUCUUAAGAUAAUCUCGUCUAAAGCAGACGGAGCUGCUCCUGAUGAUGUCUACACGCCGAGGCUCCCUUGGUUCAAAACUGCCGACCAGUUCUUGAACAGCGUUGUGGUAAUUCCGGAGUCGCAGCCAAAAUCGGAAUCUCGCACUGACGAAGAAAAAGAAAAAGAAGAAGUUGUAAUAAAACAGGAAGUAAAUGAUAUCUCCAAUGAAAGUGGUGAAGAACAAGAUACUCAAUACUCGGAUGAUGUUAACAUUGGAGUCUUUGUUAGUACAGUCACAGCAACAGAUACGUCGGAGCCUGAGAAACCAAUUGCAUCGCCAAUUGCGAAGAAAAGACGCAUUUCAAAAUAUUCCAGAGUUGAAAGUGCAAUUGAGAAGUUACAAAAAAUUGUUUCGGAAAGACCGUCGUCUUCAAAAAAAGUAUUGGACGAGUACGAUCUUUUCGGUCAACAUGUUGCUGGCCAACUGAGAACGCUACCUGCUAGGAGCGCAGCAGUUCUACAAGAAACAUUCCAGAGUCUCAUUACUACAGAAAAACUAAAACACCUGCCGCCCGAUCCAUCUGUUGCGUGUACCUCAGCCUCCUCUGAUGUACAGAGAUUUUCAUCAGAUGACCAAGAAGUGAAGAGUGAAACAAGAUUUGUUUAACGCUGAGUGAAAUAAAUCUAACAGGACCAUUAAUGUUGGAUGAGAAUAUUUUUAUACGUGCAAAGGUGCAGACAUCCGUCAAGGGCUUACAUAGCAAGUAAAAUUGUUUUUCGCUGGGUCUAUCAAUCCACGAAAUCUGUGUGUCUCCGGCGGAACGUUUGUAUAUAUUUCUCCCGGAAUGCUUAUAUUAAUAAAAUCAUUAUUUCUCCCACGUUAAUUUUGAUUACAGAGGCUUUAGUUUAGCUCUUGAAUUGUAUUCUUCCCAAAUGACACGAGAGAUGAAUUAACACGGUUUCUCUGUACAAAGUUACCAUGAGUGAAACACCUGCUAAAAGUUCAUCUCUCGAUGAUGUUCUCAUUAUCGAGCAUAAAUACAAUUUAAGUUAUAUCGACCUACGACGCUGGCUAUCAGAAUCAGACAUAGUUCCAAAGAUGUGAGUUAAAAAGACGUAUUAGCUCAUGAUUAAGUUACUAAUGUGGUUAUCAUAUCAUUAUUUUAAUCUGAUGUUAUCAUAAUCAUUCAUGUUCCGAUCCAGAGGUCAUCGAUCGCUGGUUUCAAUGACCGAAUGUUAUUGAUGUUCUAAUUAAGUGGCAAAUGUUAAUGUUAAUAAUAGUUUGGAAUGUAUGGAUAAAAUACACAAUAAUUAAAU